CAUCAUGGACAAAGCUGCAGGUUCAUUGGGUACUGCUGGUCGGGUCUGUAACAAGAUUUCCCGGGGGACCGAUGGCUGCGAGGUCAUGUGUUGUGGGCGGGGCUACGACACCACACGCAUAAAACGCAUCACCAAGUGCGAGUGUAAGUUUAAGUGGUGUUGCUCCGUUGAGUGCAAAGACUGCGAGGAGGCUGUCGACAUUCACACCUGCAAAGCUCCUAAACGUGCCGAAUGGCUGGACCAGACCUGAGACACGGCCACUCCCCCCCCUUCCUCAGGAUUUUGUCCACGGCAUUCUGGGAUAUGAAGUCCAUCCCCUGCAUUUUUUUACCCUGCCCCCAAUCCCUUGUUGCAUGGCUUUAUUUGAACUUAUUUUGUGAAAGCACUACAACUGAAAUUUACAUUUCUCA